AUGUCCAAAGGCGACGUGUCUCCCAAGACUGGCACGCCAUUGUCCCACCACAGUCAAGAACUCCCGCAUCCUAUCGAUGCUUCAAAGAUUACUCUUUAUAAAUCAACACCAACAAGAAGGGUGAAUGACGAGAAGAACAGCAUUGGCGGGCCAACGCUCUCCCCCAGCGCAUCUGCCGGUGCGUAUUAUGGGUCCAACCGACUUUUGUCUUUACUAAGAAUUAAAAAUGAGAGGACAGAGGGCUCAGCCCACAGCUCAGAUGCUGCCGCAAACGAAUAUCCCAGCACCUCGGCAGCUUCAUCGCUCACAAAGAUCAUUGUUGAGCCCACGCCAGGAAGCAAAGAUGACAAUGCUCAGAGUGAGGGGCAACUCUCAAAUGGUUUUGAGAAAAGGUCCUUUCACAGCCAGGUCUCUAACUGGAUUUCAAAUGAAGAUGCGAAACUUGAUAUUUAUCCUAAGCGCGCCUCGCAAAAAAUAGACAUCCCACUUCUAAGCUGCAAUUUUAGCCGAACUACUCCUUCCACGCCAAGUGAAAAAGCUAAGUCAGGCCUGAACCUAUUGAGCACACCAUUAUCUGGACGUACUUCCGCACCAAAACAUGCUCCUUCGGCUGACCCGGUACCGCAUUCGGGACAAAGUUCUGAGCCAGCUUCGAAUGUAGUGCUAAUACCACCACAAAAAUCGUCUUCGCAAACCUCGGUAGUACAAAAGUCUUCCUCGGCCCCGACGAUACCAGCAGCGGAACAGUCAUUGAUAAAGGCAAAAACAACGACAUCUGCUCAAACGGAGCCAAGUCAAUCGCAUCCUGAAAGGCUUCUCCCGUCCAGUGCCUUGCAUAAGGAAUGUUCCUCUCGCUUAACCGGGCCACAUUCUCUCAUUCCUGGAACCGUGGUGGUCGCCGCGCCUAACGAAGGAAACAGCGUUUCCAGUAACCGAGCUUCCAAUGCACCGUCUCAUAAUGCUAUACUUAAUUUUGGAGAGCUCCCAGAAGAUGCGGUAAGGGCUGCAGCAAUGGCGACCCCCGUCAAAGACGGUAGUAACCAUGAUACACAGGGAGUAAUCUCCGCACCCUCCGACGCCCCACUUGUUCUAGAACGGCAGAAUACAGUUUCGAAAUCAGAUCGCAAUCUUCGGCCAACAACUCUAAAUCCGCCUUCUCGGGCUUCUAGCAGGCAGACAGGGCGCGCGUCCGAAAGUGUGAGCCCAAACCCUAGGCGCAGAGGUAAGAGUUUUUCUGCCCCUAAGGUGCCAGUGAUAGUUCAGCCUAUAUCUUCGUCUUUGACAAAAGCUCAUCUAAACGGGUCAAUAUUCACCAAUGGUGACAAGGGAGCAGUUUUAACGCAUUCACCGAGCCAGACAAAAGGCCCCGCUAGUCAUGAUGCAGUGGAGCAAAACAACAUGAAAGUUGUGCUUCCCGUAUCGCGUGAAGCCAGUCAUAGCCAGACGCCCUUUAGCAGUUUUUCGAAGGCCGAUGACGCGCGUCAGAAAUCUAACGCAAACCUUUCUUUCAAUAAUUCACAGAAUGCCGUCCCUGUUCAAGAAAGGCUGACGCUAGUGGGAAGAAACAAAGAAGACUUAGUUAGAUCGCCGGUCGAUACCAGGGCAUCAAAUCCUCAAGCCCAAGUCUUUAUAGGGACUUCCGAUACUACGGGUGGCUCUUUGCCAGAAAUUAGGUCAAAUGAGUUAGAUGAGCACCAUGAUGUCAUCAAUUCUUCAAAGAGGAAACGCUCGCCGCAAGAUAGUCAAUUCGAAAUGCACAAAAAGAGAAAGAUUGAUUAUGAAGAUGCCUCACCUAUACUAGAGGCUUCAAGCAACGUUAAUGAGACUUUCAGCAAUGUAACACAUACAGCCGCAAGCUCUGUAUCAGGCCAAAAAAAUGAGAACGCGACGGUCAGUCCUCAUUCAGAUCCUUCAUCGGGGGCGGCUAAUAACAAUUAUCUGAAAACAUCAACCAAACAACCCCUUUCAAGGUCUUUAGAGAGCGUCGCCCGCGAAAGAAAAAGCGUUGGUGUUGCGAGCCGAGGGUAUAAAACUAGUGCUUCAAACAAGCGUAUAAAUGGUUCAGCGGCUCUGAAAUCCAGUGACCCGGCUAUUGUUCGUCUAGAAGUUCCCGUGUUGGUUUCGUCCGAAGGGAAGGUUAGAGGCAGAAGAGCUCUGGCGGAGCGUGACCGAGGUUCUGUUCGCAAGGUCCCUCAAAGUGCCACUGGAGGAGAAAAAGCGUUAGCUUCCGAAAUGAAGAGUCCGAGGAGACUUCGGAAAAGCGCGAAAAACAUUAGUAAUGGCAAACUUAGGUCUCUAGACAAUGUGAGGCAUACCAGGACAGGAGCAAAGAUAAUAAACCCUCUCAAGCCUCUCCCUGAGGCUGUGGUCAGCGCUCAGGAUCCGAAUGAAGUUGAAAAAAAGGCGAAUCACGAGGUUUUACCAGAUACUCAACCUACAAAGGAUCAGAAGCUGGAGAACGCGCCUCUUUUGAGAUCAGAUGACGCCCAGCAAGUUACUUCUGAUAAGCUUUCAAGUGAAAUAUCCGAUUACCUUUCAGACUCUUUCGACCCCGAAGGAGAGCUCCUCCUAGCAAAAAGGGCGAGCAACGCUAAAUUGCAUGCAGAGAAAAAUAAGCCUCAAGAAACUGCUGCUGCAUCUCAAAUACUUCCGUACAUCGCUAAUGAAGCAAAGCCUAUCCAUGAUCCGGAGGCAUGUCGAAAAGAGAUUGAAAAGAUCGUUUCGCGCCAAGUUGCUAGGAAAAUGGCCUCAGCCAGGAAACUUGGCAAGCAGCUCAUUGUUAGCUUAACUCAGAGUGGUAUCGUUACGCAUACGCCAUUUGGGUCAGGGCAAAAUGUGACGGCCAGUAACAACAUCUGUAACAUAAACAAUUAUGAGGUGAGCCCGGUCCUCUACCUCCAGCACUUAUCAAAGAGAGGAAGAUUAGAGGUUAGCGAAUUUAGCCAAUCAAAAAUUCCAAUAAUGAAAGUUACGCAAAGCUCGAUUGAUGCAAGCACCAAAGAGAAAUUGAAAAAGGCGUGCAAUGGACUCUUGGUUUUUAUUGACAACUACCACUACGGCAGCCUAACUGAAAACCAAAAAGUUCUAGUCGAUCAAAGAUUAGCUUUUGUAAAGUCAGCCCUUCCUAAGCUGGGGAUGAGACUUACAGACGACAUGUCUUCUCAAGUAAGCAUUAUGAUCGCUGUAAGUGAGGUGCAAAACAUGGAAGACGUUAAUUCAGUCGAGGCCACCGAGGCGUACGGAAUGCAAGCAUGGAGUUAUGGUUAUGCCGUUGAAUUUUUCAAGAUGCUGCUGGGCCCGGAAGCAUUGCCUUCGCCGGUGUUAAAGGACAAGGAGGAGGGGGCAAGCGACAAUCACGCGCAGCAAAAAACUAUAUCCAAGGUCGCCAGUGCGUGCACUCCUAGCAAUGAAGGAGACGGAAAGGCUUGCGAAAAAGAAGAGGUUCCAUAUCAUGAGAAUGCAUUACGUGAGUUAGUAGGUGAAUUAGCAAACUGUGUUCGAUCAACUACUAUUGAUAGAGCCGUGUUAGAGAACUGCGUCAGGGAAAUUUCGUCAUGUGUUGACUUUGUGGUGGAAGAGCAACUUAUAGGUGCCCGUUUGGCCGAGCAGUUCGAAGCGCAGAAUCGAUUAAUCCUUGCGAUGUCAGACGAAUUAAUACAGAACCAAAUCAAAAUUGCCUCCCUGCAUGGACGCGCAUCAAGCAGCGAAAAAGAUGUUGAUGCUUUGAACCUCAAGUUAAGCGAGGAACGCUCAAAAGCCGAAAACCAGCUCUCGGAAUUGAAGUCAAAACUAGAAGAAAGUGUCCGUGAGAAGCAGCAAGUGGUCCCACAGCAAGCAGUUCCACAGCCAGUGGUUCCGAAGCAAGUUGGCGAAGAACCUAAUCGUAAUGUCAAUCAAGGUUCAUCGCCCGAUAUCCAUGUUGAAGAAAUACAGAGAGCCGGGGUUCUUGACCACAGAGUUGUAAAUGAUAUCGGGCUGAUAAAGAAUGCGCUCAACAAGAGAGCUGAUCGUCCAAUUCUAGCCAAUAGUGGCCAAGAAGCUUUGACAUCAUCUUUGACACCGAGAAGGCUUCUAUCCUCAGAUUCAGUUCAGGACAGUUCACCAAGAAAUAACCUGAGCAGCGCAAUGCUUCUCCCCAACCCUAAUGUUACCGGGUCUUCAAUAAGUACCGGCUGGCAAGGUGGUUUGAUGCGUGUGCUCGCAGCAUUGAACAACCAACAAGAAGCACAGCAUGUGGCCUUUAGAUCAGAAAAUGUUCUCCUUAGGGAGGAACGGGAUGCUUUGAGGGCAACACUCACCGGCUUUGACAGCAUAUUGAGGGGCCAGCAGCAAAGACUGAGCCAAUUAGAGGAGGCACUGCUGAGAGAGAGAUCAAAAAAGAGAUCCCCAUUUGAUGCUCGGCAAAUGGCCGCAGGUUCAACAAGGACUUCAGAGAUUGAGGAGGAGCGGAAUGCACUAAAAUCCAGACUUGUCGGUUAUGAUAAUAUUAUGAGAGAUCAGCAGGUGAAGCUGAGCCUGCUGGAAACAGCGUUGCAACGGGAAAAACUGACACGUAAAGCCCUGCAGGCUAGACUGCAAACAUUUGCCCACGGGUUGGUUUCAGAAGAUGAAGCUGAAGCAUGA